CAUGACGCGACACAUUUUAUGAACGAACGGUCUCCUUCGCCAAGUACGUUGCGAUCUCUUUCUCUCUCUUUCUCUCUGCUAUUAACAUUUCUCAUUUGUCGCGGACAGAAAAAUUCAAACGCAGCCUUCCUCUCCCUCCUUCCUUCGCAUUCACAAACAAAACAUUUUAGGGUUUUUGCGUUAUUUCUACAGUUUCAGAUCUGCUCAUCAAUUUUACUUUCGCUCCGUUCUUACCCCCACCUCUUAUUCUCUUCCAUAACAUCUCCGAAUUUCGUGGAUUGGAGUCGACUUUUACAGGAUUCGUUUUCCAUGCUCUGCUUUGGAUUCGAAUUUUCUCCUACUUCCGUGGUAAAUAGAUCUUGAAAAUUGGCUCCUCAAAAGCGCUCGCAGCGCCACAUGGGUGGCCAGAUGCAGCAGAGCAAUGCUGCUGCGGCGACCGCUCUAUAUGAUAAUGCCGGCGGUGGGCCUCUACACAAUGCAGGCCCCGCAAGUGAUGCCGGCGAUGCGGUCAUGGCACGGUGGCUCCAGUCUGCGGGCUUGCAGCAUCUGGCCUCUCCCUUGGCUUCAACAGGCAUCGAUCAGCGCCUCCUCCCUAAUCUCCUGAUGCAGGGUUAUGGAGCGCAAUCUGCUGAAGAAAAGCAGAGGCUUUUCAAGCUAAUGAGAAACCUCAAUUUUAAUGGAGAAUCAGGCUCUGAGCCUUACACACCAGCUGCCCAAACUUCAGCUGGUAUGCCUGUAUCAGAUGGUUUUUAUUCUCCAGACUUUAGGGGUGAUUUUGGAGCCGGCCUUUUAGAUCUUCAUGCUAUGGAUGAUACAGAACUUCUAUCUGAGCAUGUCAUCUCAGAACCUUUCGAGCCAUCACCAUUCAUGCCUGGUGGUUCAAAAGGAUUUGAUGAUAAUGCAACCAGUGGUAAACAGCAAAGGGAGCAAAAUGAUCCAGAUUCAUGUAUUCCAUCUUCUAUUAAUGAAAAAGAGAACAGCACUAGGGAAAAUAAUGUCGCUAAAAUUAAAGUUGUGGUGCGCAAAAGACCACUUAACAAGAAGGAGAUUGCUCGGAAGGAAGAUGAUAUUGUAACUGUUUCUGAUAAUGCUUUAACUGUUCAUGAACCCAAGCUAAAGGUUGACUUGACUGCAUAUGUUGAGAAGCAUGAAUUUUGUUUUGAUGCUGUUCUGGAUCAGCAUGUCACCAAUGAUGAGGUUUAUCGUGUGACUGUGGAGCCAAUUAUUCCCAUCAUUUUCCAGCGAACAAAAGCUACAUGUUUUGCAUAUGGUCAGACAGGUAGCGGCAAGACAUUCACCAUGCAACCAUUGCCUCUAAGAGCUGCUGAGGACCUUGUUAGAUUGUUGCACCAGCCAGUUUAUCGAAAUCAGAGAUUCAAACUGUGGCUUAGCUUUUUUGAAAUAUAUGGUGGAAAACUCUUCGAUCUUCUCAGUGAUAGAAAGAAACUUUGCAUGAGAGAAGAUGGGCGACAGCAAGUUUGUAUUGUUGGACUGCAAGAAUUUGAAGUUUCUGAUGUACAGAUUGUUAAGGAAUAUAUUGAGAAGGGAAAUGCAGCAAGAAGUACAGGAUCUACUGGUGCCAAUGAGGAAUCUUCAAGGUCACAUGCUAUCUUACAGCUUGCUGUUAAGAAGCACGGUGAGGUUAAAGACUCCAGGAGGAAUAAUGAUGGGAAUGAUUCUAAAAGUGGAAAAGUGAUUGGGAAAAUUUCUUUUAUUGAUCUUGCUGGUAGUGAACGAGGUGCUGACACCACUGAUAAUGACCGACAAACAAGGAUUGAAGGUGCUGAAAUUAAUAAGAGCCUUUUGGCUCUUAAGGAAUGUAUUCGUGCUCUAGACAAUGACCAGAUUCAUAUACCAUUUCGCGGGAGCAAACUGACAGAAGUACUCCGUGACUCCUUUGUUGGAAACUCCAGAACAGUUAUGAUCUCUUGCAUUUCUCCGAAUGCAGGAUCAUGUGAACAUACACUCAAUACUUUGAGAUAUGCAGAUCGGGUUAAAAGUCUAUCAAAAGGUGGAAAUCCAAGAAAGGAUCAGAAUACAAAUUCAUUACCUCCAACUAACAAGGAUGUAUCGUCAUCAUCAUCUUUGCCUGUUUUUCAAGAUGUUGAUGAUGUUUAUGAGCAGCAAGAGGUGAAACCAGUGGAUACGGGUAGAAGGUUGGUAGAAAAAGGAACUUUCUCUUACAACCCUACUACUGAUUAUGACAAACAGCCCCCAAGCUUUACUUCAAGUUAUCCCUUGAAUGGGCAAGAAGAAAGUAUGCCUUCUGGCUCAAUGGAUAAGGAAAGGGUUGAAAUUACUAAUACUUAUGUGGUUACAGAAGAGAAGAUGCAAAAGGUGUCACCACCUCGUAGAAAAGGAUCUAGGGAGGAAAAGACGGAGAAGUUGGGUAACUGGUUGAAAAAAGAUAACAUUGGUUCUGAUCUCCCCCUUACAAACAGCAGACAGCAGAACUCAGGAAACUACCCUGCUAAUAAUACUGGUUUGCGACAUUUUGAACCUGAUCCUCAUUCAGAUGAAAUUACUAAUACUUAUGGUGGUUCUACAAGUCAAAAAGUCCAUUCAUCAUCCUUCCAAAACUAUAUGGAUGCAGAAGAGAAGAUGCAAAAGGUGUCACCACCUCGUAGAAAAGGAUCUAGGGAGGAAAAGACAGAGAAGUUGGGUAACUGGUUGAAAAAAGAUAACAUUGGUUCUGAUCUCCCCCUUACAAACAGCAGACUGCAGAACCCAGGAAACUACCCUGCUAAUAAUUCUGGGUUGCGACAUUUUGAACCUGAUACUCAUUCAGAUGAAAUUACUAAUACUUAUGGUGGUUCUACAAGUCAAAAAGUCCAUUCAUCAUCCUCCCAAAACUAUGUGGAUACAGAAGCGAAGAUGCAAAAGGUGUCACCACCUCGUAAAAAAGGAUCUAGGGAGGAAAAGACGGAGAAGUUGGGUAACUGGUUGAAAAAAGAUAACAUUGGUUCUGAUCUCCCCCCUACAAACAGCAGACAGCAGAACCCAGGAAACUACCCUGCUAAUAAUACUGGGUUGCGACAUUUUGAACCUGAUCCUCAUUCAGAUGGGAAUAUUGAUGCCAUACUUGAGGAAGAAGAGGCCCUAAUCAAGGCUCAUAGAAAAGAAAUUGAGGAUACAAUGGAGAUUGUUCGUGAGGAAAUGAAACUGCUGGCAGAAGUUGACCAACCAGGCAGUCUCGUAGAUAACUAUGUGACCCAGUUAAGCUUUGUGCUCUCACGCAAGGCAGCAGGUCUGGUUAGCCUUCAAGCUCGUCUGGCUAGGUUUCAGCAUCGAUUAAAAGAACAAGAAAUUCUCAGUCGGAAGAGAGUUCCUCGCUAAUGCAGCACUGUCUUCUUCAGUGAUGGGAUCUCUUUCGCAAGGCAGGGAAUCGUUUUUAGGUUUAACAAGGAUCCGAUGCACUACAUAUCAAUAGUAUCAAGGGAAAAUGUCGCUGUUCACAUCCAGGCUUUCUUGCUUUUAGAGUGGUGGUCGGCAUAUUCACAUUCAUUAGUGGUGAUGGAUUUGUUGAAUGUAUUAUUCAGAUGCAUCUGAUGUUCUAUCAGCAGAUUUGUGGGGUUGCGGCCUCGGAAAGUUGUUAAAUAUGAUUUGGGGUACAAUUCUCUUUUAGGGAAGGGAGGGAGGGAAAAACAACAAUAAAAUUGUGAAAUAUAUAUUUUACAUAAAUCAUAUUGUGAUAUUAUUUUUUUCUAGUCAA